CUGACACGCAGAAAUCUGGAGGCGUGUCGCGUUUUUUUGUUUGUUUAUUUUGUAUUUUCUUUAAUAAAGCUUAAUUAAGAUUGAAGUUAUUUUAGGUUUUAGUUAUUUUAGACACUGUAUGCUUUAUCUCUGAUUUGUCUUUGGUUGGGCCUUCAUUGCUUCGUGUACCUCGUCUCACGCGUUGCUGUUUUGAGUCGACAGCGUUUGACAGUCGCUCUCACGGUGAGCCAAGUAGCGUUUGGUUAGCCAUCGAGCUAGCUAGCCCUCUAGUUCCCCAUGUAUUGCUAGCUACCGUUAUUAGUAACGGGUAAGCCAUUCGGAGGGGUGGUUGACAAGAGGUAGCUAACGUUAGCGAGCAAAACCGCAUAUCGGCAUUUCGUCAAUGGGCUCAUGAUAACAGGUGUUGUAGCUAACGUUAGCUAGUUGAAUGAGCAGCUGUGAACUGACACCUGGUUGACGGCUACAGACGGAAGAAAAGGCUAAACUUGCUUGCUGCGUAUUGUUGUCAGUGGGAGCUGUCCAUAUUAAACAGUCGGGAACACGGCACCGGCAGCUGUUCGCCUGUCUGUGUACAAAGCAGUCGGCACCGUUAGCUGCCUUUCGACUCGAAACAACCCCUCGUCAAAAAAUAAGAAGCUUUCAUCUAGAGAAGACUCACUCUCUUAACGCGGUCCUGGCUGGAGGAGCUCUCAUCAACAUGCUGCUGCACUGAGACGGAUAUAUUGACGGAAGGACGGACAUAUAGACCCACUCCCCUGGUGUCUUCCCCGUCUCGGCUGUUUUCUCCCCCCCCCCCCCUAUAUGGAGCGCGCUAUGGAAUACCCUCGCCCAGCGGAGCGGGACAGUUCUCCUCUGUAGAGCCCUCUCCUGGGAACACGAUCCGUAAGGAAUCGGCACAGAACAGCAGAUCUCCUCGUCAGUCUCUUGAGUCCUCCUACGCUGCCUUGAGAAGAUGUCCGUGAGCCUGGCUGAGGAAGACAUUCACACGGAGGGUGGAAGUAGUAGACCGCUCAAUGAUGACUCGAUGAGGAAGCACUCCCCAUCCCCUGAACCUUUCCAGGGACAGGAGGGCACUGGGGGCACCGGGGAGGGCAUGGAGGCAGAGGAGAGCGCCACACAGGACUCACAGAGGCGUACUCAGAACCACGGACAUGGCAGGAAACGAGCCAGGUCCAAUGCCAAGCUGAAGCUGGUGAGGAGCCUGGCGGUGUGUGAGGAGUCAUCAGGUCCGUUCUGUACUGACGGACCUCCAGACAUUAUCCAACUCCACAUCAGCUGUCCCUCGGACAAGGAGGAGGAGAAGUCUUCGAAGGAUGACUAUGAGAACGAGGAGGAGGAUGAGGAGGAGGAGAAGAACAGGACUCCACGCAAGAUGCUGUCACGAGACUCCAGCCAGGAGUACACAGACUCCACCGGGAUCGACGUGCAUGACUUCCUGGUCAACACACUGAAAAACAACCCCAGGGAUCGAAUGAUGCUGAUGAAACUAGAACAAGAUAUCCUGGAGUUCAUUAAUGACGACAAUAACCAGUACAAGAAGUUUCCCCAGAUGACGUUGUUUACCACCGCAUGCUGCUGCACACGUGUGCGGCCUUUUGGCAUGGACCACAACGUAGACCAGACUGGCAAGGCAUUGUUCAUCAACAAGACUGGUAACACACGCAUCCCAGAGCAGAGGUUCUCAGAGCACAUCAAGGAUGAGAGUAAAAAUUUCCAGAAGAAGUUUAUCCUCAAGAGAGACUCUCUUAUCUGAGGAUAUAAUCAGAUCCGCGUGCCGUUGUCGGACGGGCGGCGCAGCAAAUCCAUAGAGGAGAGGGAGGAGGAGUAUCAGAGAGUACGAGACCGGAUCUUUUCCCGAGAAUCCUCUCAGAAUGGAUACAUCAACGACAACAGACUUUCGCCUGAAGGCUACUCCUCUACCUCUCAAAAGAGGAGGCAGAUCUUUAGGGGUGACCUUGAGAGCUCCAGCCGUGCGUCCAGCAGUCGUCAGAGCAGCACUGACAGUGAUAUGAAGUGCCUGGAGCCAAGGCCCUGGAGCAGCACAGACUCUGAUAGUUCAAACAGGACCCUACGGCCCCCGGUCACCAAGGCUUCCAGCUUCUCUGGCAUCUCCAUUCUGACCAGAGGAGAUAGUCUGGGCAGCAACAAGAGCUCUCAGGGCAGCUGCAGGGCUCACGCACUGCCCCCAGUCCCCCAGCCUGGCCCCUGCCCCGGGGUCGCAGUCUACUGCCCUGCCCCUCCCAGGUCCAGACCCAACCCCCAGACCGCCCUAUUGCCCACCCCACAGCAACACCCCAUGGGCAACUAUAACCAUAACCACAUGACUCAGAUAUCUUAUUACACCCCUGGGCAGCAGUACCCCAGCACAGGGCAGCAGUACCCCAGCACAGGGCAGCAGUACCCCAGCACAGGGCAGCAGUACCCCAGCACAGGGCAACAGUACCCCAGCACAGGGCAGCAGUACCGGCCUGGACCCAUGUCUCACCAGGUGUCCUACCCUGCUCAGCCCAUGCCCCAGCCCAUGGCUCAGCCCACACAGCAGUCUGCUCUCCAGACCAUGAUGCCCAGCCAGCAGCCCCAUUACCAGGGAAUGAUAGGAGUAUCCCAGCAGCCCCAGAACCAGGCCCUCCUCACCUCCCAGGGGCAGGGCAUGCAUGGACAGGUGACGGCCAUGAUGGUUCAGUACCCACAGAUGCCCUCAUAUCAGGUCCCUGUGGCCAGUGACUCUCAACAGGUGAUCCAGCAGUACCAGCAGCAGGUCAUGGUGCCAGUCAGCCAGUCUGUGCAGACUGUCCAGGGGCCCAUGCCCGUAUACUACAGCGUCAUCACCCCCACACAACAGAACAACACAAGUCCAUCAGUAGGGUACCUGCAGCCCAGCUCAGAGCAGUACCCGAUGAACCCGUCUACUUCUCCCUGCAGCCCUCCACAGAUACAGCAGCAAUAUUCAGGGGUGGCCCCCCCGGGGCCUGGGGUGAUGGUCAUGCAGCUUAGUGUCCCCAACGGACCCCAGCCUACCCACAAUCCUCCUCUGGUCCAGUGGAACCCCUGCAAGUACUACAGCCUCGAGCAGAGACCCAGUAAGCCUGGAGAACUCUACAAAUCUGACAACACACAACAGACGAGUACACAGAUGCAGAGCAGUCCUCUGUCCUCCCCCACCCAGUCUCCCACCCCCUCCCCCUCGGGCAGCGUGAGCAGUGUCUGUCCAGGCCUCGGCCCUCUGCCCCUACUGUCACAGUUCCCCCGGCCCGGACCAGGACCCGCACAAGGUGACGGGCGCUACUCUCUGUUGGGCCAGCCUCUCCAGUACAGCCUCUGUCCCUCUCCUCUCAUCCACAGCCAGACCAAUUACAGCUCACAUCAGAGCCAGGUAGGAAUGAAGCAUGGGGCGAGAGGGAAGAGACAGACACUGAAGUCUCAAUCUACAGACCUGGGGACCACUGACGUAGUGGUGAGUCGGGUGUUGGAGGUGACAGAUCUCCCAGAGGGCAUCAGUCGCCCUGAGGCUGAGAAGCUCUUCAACCAGCUGUCCAUGUGCGGUGCCAAGAUCCAGUGGCUCAAGGACCCGGUGGUCGGGGGCCGUGGAGGCUACGGUGGCCCAGGAGGGCAUCGUGGUCCUGGGGCUGGGAUGGGGCCUGGAGGGGGGAAGGGCGACGGCAGCGACCCAGCUCACCUCUACACGGUGGUGGCUGUGUUCCCUUCCACCAUGGCUGCACAGAGUGCUUCCUUCAAACUCAACAACAGUGGGGCGAGCCUCUUCAAACUGAGGGCCGCCAAAAAGAACUAUGACCUAAGAGUCCUGGAGAGGGCCAGCUCCCAGUGAAAAGGAAGAGGAGGGGAGAGGGCCAGCUCCCAGUGAAGAGGAGGGGAGAGGGCCAGCUCCCAGUGAAAAGGAAGAGGAGGGGAGAGGGCCAGCUCCCAGUGAAAAGGAAGAGGAGGGGAGAGGGCCAGCUCCCAGUGUAAAGGAGGCGAGAGGGCCAGCUCCCAGUGAAGAGGAAGAGGAGGGGAGAGGGCCAACUCCCAGUGAAAAGGAAGAGGAGGGGAGAGGGCCAGCUCCCAGUGAAAAGGAAGAGGAGGGGAGAGGGCCAGCUCCCAGUGAAGAGGAAGAGGAGGGGAGAGGGCCAACUCCCAGU